AAUCUUCCAUCUGUACUAUAUAUGCUUCUUACUGGUGUUGAUACUAGAGCACACAACUUCCAUCAGUUAAUUCGAUCAUACAAUUCAGCCUUGGUCUUUACCUCCAUAGAUGCAAAUAUUGAUAAUCAUGUUUCAGAGUUAUAUCAUAGUAUUGAAUUCCUUUUACCUGUUCAAGGUGCAGAUUUUUUGAAUUUUACUCAGCUUUAUAUUUAUGAUACAAAGCAUGAAGUGCAGAAUAGAAUGAAUGUGAUGCCCUUUCUAGAUGCUACUGUACUUAUGGAUUUGCAGAGAAUGCUGGAUCUAAUAAAUCCAUAUGUUGGAGUUUUUCGACAAAUGUAUGAUAUAUUAAUACAGGAACCUGCUACAAUGCUUUCAAUGGUAGUCAAAGCUGACAAGAAUAUAGAUUCACAACACUAUAAUAUAUCAACUGCCAGUGAAGUAGCAGUUAUUAUGAUAGAAAAUGAUCAAGAAAUUGAGCCUUCUCAUCAUGAUAUUGUGAUUAAUCUUUGA